UCCCAGCCGUGGUCCGGGCGGGCUGGGGAGCGGCGGUGCCGCCCCGGCCGGGUGUGUCCAGGCCGGGUAUAAAUUCCAGGGCCUGGCUCCGGCUCCCCUUCCUCCCUCCCGUCCUCCCGUGUCCCGUCCGAUCUCUCGGUUGCCGCUGUCGCCAUGGAGUGUCCCCUGGAGCAGGCGCUGGCCGUGAUGGUCGCCACCUUCCACAAGUACUCGGGCAAGGAGGGCGACAAGUACAAGCUGAGCAAGGCGGAGCUGAAGGAGCUGCUCCUGAAGGAGCUGCCGAGCUUCAGCAAACAAACCAGCGAGGCGAGUUUACAGAAGCUCAUGAGCAACCUGGACAGCAACAGCGACAGCGAGGUGGAUUUCCAGGAGUACGUGACCUUCCUGGCCUGCAUGGCCAUGAUGUGCAACGACUUCUUCCAGGACCUGCCGGACAAGAUGCCGCGCAGGAAGUGAGGGCAGGGCCCUGCCACCGCUCUCUGGGACCUUCCCGUUGUCCUCCCGAUGCCAUUUCAAUAAAUUUUGAUUCAAACGAA